UCCUCCGAUUCCCAGCCUGAGGCGCUCAGGUUUUGUGAAUGAAGCUAUGGCUACAGAUUCCCCAAGAAGACCCAGUCGUUGUACUGGUGGAGUUGUGGUUCGCCCUCAGGCUGCCACGGAGCAGUCCUACAUGGAAAGUGUUGUGACUUUUCUACAGGAUGUUGUGCCACAGGCUUACAGUGGGACACCUCUAACAGAAGAAAAGGAGAAAAUAGUCUGGGUCAGAUUUGAAAAUGCAGAUUUAAAUGAUACAUCAAGAAAUCUGGAAUUUCAUGAAAUACACAGCACUGGGAAUGAGCCGCCUUUGCUGAUUAUGAUUGGCUACAGUGAUGGAAUACAGGUCUGGAGCAUCCCUAUCAGUGGGGAAGCACAGGAGCUAUUCUCUGUUCGAAAUGGCCCAAUUCGGGCGGCUAGGAUCUUGCCUGCUCCACAGUUUGGUACUCAAAAGUGUGACAGCUUUGCAGAGAAAAGGCCCCUUCUUGGUGUUUGUAAGAGCACUGGAUCUUCUGGCACUAGCCCACCUUACUGUUGUGUUGAUCUGUAUUCACUUCGUACUGGGGAAAUGGUCAAAUCCAUUCAGUUUAAAACUCCUAUCUAUGAUCUUCAUUGCAAUAAGCGGAUCCUUGUCGUAGUCUUGCAGGAGAAAAUUGCUGCCUUUGAUAGCUGUACUUUCACAAAAAAGUUUUUUGUCACAAGCUGCUAUCCUUGUCCAGGGCCCAACAUGAAUCCUAUUGCUCUUGGGAGCCGCUGGCUGGCUUAUGCAGAAAACAAGUUGAUUCGAUGUCAUCAGUCCCGUGGUGGAGCCUGUGGGGACAACAAUCAGUCUUAUACUGCCACAGUCAUUAGUGCUGCUAAAACUUUGAAAACUGGCCUGACAAUAGUUGGGAAAGUGGUGACUCAGCUGACAGGCACGCUGCCUUCAGGUGUGACAGAAGAUGAUGUUGCCAUCCAUAGUAAUUCGAGGCGGAGUCCUUUGGUCCCAGGCAUCAUCACCGUAAUAGACACGGAAACAGUUGGAGAGGGCCAGGUGCUUUUGAGUGAGGAUUCUGACAGUGAUGGUAUUGUGGCCCACUUCCCGGCUCAUGAAAAACCAGUGUGCUGUAUGGCUUUUAACACAAGUGGAAUGCUUCUAGUCACAACAGACACCCUUGGCCAUGACUUUCAUGUCUUCCAAAUUCUGACUCAUCCUUGGUCCUCAUCACAAAGUGCUGUCCAUCAUCUAUACACUCUUCACAGGGGUGAAACUGAAGCCAAAGUACAAGACAUCUGCUUCAGCCAUGACUGUCGCUGGGUUGUGGUCAGUACUCUUCGGGGGACGUCCCAUGUUUUUCCAAUCAACCCUUAUGGUGGCCAGCCUUGUGUGAGAACACAUAUGUCGCCACGAGUUGUGAAUCGUAUGAGCCGUUUCCAGAAAAGUGCUGGGCUGGAAGAGAUUGAACAAGAACUGACAUCUAAGCAAGGAGGUCGCUGUAGCCCUGUUCCGGGUCUCUCAAGCAGCCCUUCUGGAUCACCUCUGCACGGGAAACUAAACAGCCAAGACUCCUACAAUAAUUUUGCCAACAACAACCCCGGCAACCCUCGGCUCUCUCCUCUCCCCAGCUUGAUGGUCUUGACGCCUCUUGCACAAAUCAAACAGCCAAUGACAUUGGGGACCAUCACCAAACGAACAGGGCCUUAUCUGUUUGGAGCGGGGUGUUUUUCCAUAAAAGCUCCAUGCAAAGUUAAACCACCUCCACAAAUUUCUCCCAGCAAGUCGAUGGGCGGAGAAUUUUGCGUGGCUGCAGUGUUUGGGACGUCCAGGUCAUGGUUUGCAAAUAACGCCGGUCUGAAAAGAGAAAAAGAUCAGUCCAAACAAGUUGUAGUUGAAUCUCUGUACAUCAUCAGCUGCUAUGGGACCUUAGUGGAGCACAUGAUGGAGCCACGGCCGCUCAGCACUGCCCCCAAGAUUAGCGAUGACACUCCACUGGAAAUGAUGACAUCACCUCGAGCCAGCUGGACUCUGGUUAGAACUCCUCAAUGGAAUGAAUUGCAGCCACCAUUUAAUGCAAACCACCCUCUGCUCCUGGCUGCAGAUGCUGUACAGUAUUAUCAGUUCCUGCUUGCUUACAGUUAUUUUGAGAUUUCAUCUUAA